AUGCAGGCGAAUUUCGAUCCAGUAAUCAUGGAACAUGUUAGCAGAAUUCAAAAUAAAGAUACACAUGUCCAUUAUCUAAGUAACAGGGUACAGGACGAACUUAUUACCACUCCAGGUAUUGAACACAAAGAGAUUCUUUUGCGGAUAGUACAUAUGGAUGAAGAAAAUGAAAACAGUACGCCUACUAUACAAGAAUAUUUCUUAGAUUUUGUAACAGUUGAUUCUUCUACUGGUUUAAAUUUAUCAGAUGUUCUCAUCACACAACUUAAAUUAUACAAAAUAAAUACUGAAAAUUGCCGAGGUCAGGCCUAUGACAAUGGAUCGAAUAUGCCAGGCAGAUAUCAAGGAGUUCAAAACCGAAUCUUAAAUAUAAAUCCUCGAGCAUUUUUUACUCCUUGUGGUGCACAUAAUUUAAAUUUAGUCCUCUGCGAUUCUGCUAAAAAAUCAACUAUAGCCAUUACAUUUUUUGAAACGAGGUGGGAGAGUCGUAAAAAUAGCGUGAAAGCUUUAAGUUUUCAACUUUCUAGUAUUUUAGAUACUUUAGAAGAAGUUUCUUACACCGCUAAUGAUUUGAUGGCCAAAAGUGAGGCUGUUUCACAAUCUAAUGAAAUCGGUAACUAUGAAUUUAUAUUAAGUCUUGUGAUUUGGUAUGAUAUUUUAACAGAAGUAAAUAUUGUGAGCAAAAGUGUUCAAGAUCAUAACAUGGAUAUAAAUACUUCUGUAAAAAUGGUUCAAAGUCUUCUUCAGUUUUUGCACCAAUACAGAGAAAACGAGUUCAAUUUGGCGAAAAGUGCCCCUAACAAAUUAGCCAAAAAUGCUGAUAUUACAGUGGCUUUCAAAAAUCCACGAGUAAGAAAAAAAAAGAAACUAUUCGAAUAUGAAAACGUCGACGAACCCAUGUUAAAUAAUGAAGACAGGUUUCGUACAAAUUAUUUUUUCAUCAUUCUUGACAAUGCAAACAGUCGAUUGAGAAACGCUUUAAACAGUUGGAGACUUAUUCGGACAAUUUUGGAUUUUUGCAUUGAAUUAGCAAAUAACGAUCUAAAAGAUGUAGAUGGAUUUGAUUUAUUUUCUGAACUGAUUAUUUUCCGAUCUUUAGUUGACGAAGACACAAAUUCGCUCCAGGCACUAAAUAUUUUAAAAACUUCUAACGGAUUAUUUCCUAAUCUAACCAUUGCUCUAAGAAUAAUGCUAACCAUUCCUGUAACAUCAGCUUGUGCAGAAAGAAUGUUUUCCAAGUUAAAAUUAAUAAAAACUUAUUUGCGCAAUCAACUAGGCUAA